GGCAGGCGGGGUGGGAGAGGACGGCGGCCGCGGCUCCCCGUCCCCGGAGCCUGCCUAGGGAGUGGGGGGAGGCACCCGCGUCCCUCCUCCAUCCAGCUCCCGGGACGGCGAAACCGGGCCUCUCCUGGGGACCCCACAAGGGGACGGGGCCUUUGAUUCCCAGGUUGGAGGGGGUCGGCGCCCAGGGAAAGGAUCCCAAGACAGGGCCUAGGUUGACAGGGGAGCUGCCCCACCCCCGCCAGAGCGGCAUGGAUGCCCCCCGAAGGGACAUGGAGUUGCUCAGCAACAGCCUGGCUGCCUUCGCACACAUCCGCGCUAACCCCGAGAGCUUUGGCCUCUACUUCGUGCUGGGCGUCUGCUUUGGCCUGCUGCUAACCCUGUGCCUACUAGUCAUCAGCAUCUCCUGCGCGCCCCGCCAGCGGCCCCGGGGCCCUGCCCCGCGCCGGGACCCCCGCAGCAGCACCCUGGAGCCCGACGACGACGACGAGGAGGACACGGUGACGCGGCUGGGCCCCGACGACACGCUGCCGGGUCCCGAGCAGUCCGCAGAGCCCGACGGGCCCCUGAGCGUCAACGUCUUCACGUCGGCAGAGGAGCUGGAGCGGGCACAGCGCCUAGAGGAGCGGGAACGGAUCCUGCGGGAGAUCUGGCGCACAGGGCAGCCCGACCUGCUGGGCACCGGCACUUUGGGGCCCAGCCCCACGGCCACAGGCACCCUGGGCCGCAUGCACUAUUACUGACCCGCCACCGCUUCCGCUGCAAGGCGCUCUAGGUACUGGACAUGCACGUGCGCUCACGGCUGCCCCAGGACCUUGGGACUGCCCCUGCCCACGGUGCUAUGGAGGCCCCUCCCCCACGACUCCCUCGGUGCUAUUGAGCCUGGACUCCCCCCUCUGGGAAGCAUCCUUCCUCUGUCCUGCCAGAGGCCCUGGGGGAAGGGCAGGACACAGGGGCCCCACCCUCUCUCUGGGUUAACGUUAAGAGGUAAAGUGACCAAUGACAUCUUCA